CAACUUGGUCCGAAAAAGGAAGUUAUCACUAUCACAUGAUUUGAUUGCUUUUUUAAAUGCUUUUCCAAAACCAACAUCGAACCUGUGCGUCAAGCACUUGGUUGCUGAAAGUACACAUUUUCCUUUUCUCAUCUACUGAGCGUUUCUUUUCUUUAAUCAUCGUAUAAACAUUUUGAAAUAACUUGGUAGAAAGCGGAUCACCAUAUAUAAUCACAAGUCCAUCGAUGAGAAUACAUUUGAUUGAAGGAGACGGUAGACGCACUCACAGUCUGCCAACAAUGGAAGAAGUUGCCGCAAUUAUUCUUAUUAAGCAUUUUGACAGAAACUCCUGUGACAUCGUUCUUAACUUGACGAGCACUAAUAUAAAUGAUGGUUUCCGUCAAGAACACGAUUUUGAGCAGUACUUCCAACGUAUCAGCCAGACACAUGCUGCAUACAUGCCAACGCACUAUGUACUGCUAUUUCCUCAUGAAACAUAUGGGCGACGUUGGAGUUUGCGUCUUUCCUUUUCUCUCUUUACCGCUACUUCUUCAAUCACUGUUCCUGGUGCUUAGAUGAUGAUUCGUGGUUACCUUGUGUCAUUUUAUUACCCUUAUCCAUCACUUUUAUAAAGAAAAUACUUUGAGGAUCACAGCAAAAUGUGCAAUAUGUC